ACCCUCCCAGUCGCCCCAUUUCCUGCUUUAACCAGAGUCAUGAGAAGUUAGAAUCGGAAACGACCGUAUGGAAUCACGGUCCCCUUUCCUUGAUUAGGGAAAGGGAGUGGCAGGGACUCUCCUGGAGAUGGGGACACCGCGGCCGGCAGCGCUGGCCGGGAGCCCAGGCUCGGCCGCUACUCCCAGCGCCGCGUUCCCUUCGCACCCACACAGCCACCCUCCUCGCGAGGGCAGCGUCCACGGCACACGCCUCAACACCACUCUCCUCUGACGUCCGCCCGCUGAGCUCUGACGAUCGCCCCCGCCGGCCGUCCUUAUAAAGGGGACUUUUCCCAAUACUCGGAUCGAUCGCCACCUAGCCCCGCGCAGCGCGCCUCCGCCGGCGCCCGCACCUGUCGACUCCGCGCGCUCCCAGGAUCUUGGCCACGCUGGAUCGGGACCCGCCCGGACCAGCCGCCCCGGGCCCCCGGCCCCCCGGCCCCCCGGCCCUGCCCCGCCGCACAGAACCCCUCACCCCGCCCUGCCCCGCUGCCCCUCGCACCGGCACCCCCGCGGCUCCGGGCGGCGGCCCGGGUCCGAGCGCUACCCCGCACUCGCGGCGACCACUCCAGAAGUCUUAAUGAAAUAGGCAGCUGUGGAAGAAUCUGAAGAUAAACAAUGGCUUUCCACGUGGAAGGACUGAUAGCUAUCAUCGUGUUCUACCUUCUGAUAUUGCUGGUUGGAAUAUGGGCUGCCUGGAGAACGAAAAACACUGGCAGCGCAGAUGAGCGCAGCCAAGCCAUAAUAGUCGGCGGCCGAGACAUUGGUUUGCUGGUUGGUGGAUUCACUAUGACAGCCACCUGGGUCGGAGGAGGGUAUAUCAAUGGCACAGCUGAAGCAGUUUAUGUACCAGAUUAUGGUUUGGCCUGGGCACAGGCACCAAUUGGAUACUCUCUUAGUCUGAUUUUAGGUGGUCUGUUCUUUGCAAAACCUAUGCGUUCCAAGGGGUAUGUGACCAUGUUAGACCCAUUUCAGCAGAUCUAUGGAAAACGUAUGGGUGGGCUCCUAUUUAUCCCUGCACUAAUGGGAGAAAUGUUCUGGGCUGCAGCAAUUUUCUCGGCACUGGGAGCCACCAUCAGCGUGAUCAUCGAUGUGGAUGUGCGUGCUUCUGUCAUCGUCUCUGCGCUCAUCGCCACCCUGUACACCCUAGUGGGUGGGCUCUACUCCGUGGCCUACACAGAUGUCGUCCAGCUCUUUUGCAUUUUCGUAGGACUGUGGAUCAGUGUUCCCUUUGCACUGUUACACCCUGCAGUCACAGACAUUGGAUUCACUGCUGUGCAUGCAAAAUACCAGAAGCCCUGGCUGGGAACCAUUGAGUCAGAUGACGUCUACAUUUGGCUCGAUAGUUUUCUGUUGUUGAUGAUGGGUGGAAUUCCAUGGCAAGCCUACUUCCAGAGGGUCCUCUCUUCAUCCUCGGCCACCUACGCACAGGUGCUGUCCUUCCUGGCUGCUUUCGGAUGCCUGGUGAUGGCUCUUCCAGCCAUACUCAUCGGGGCUGUUGGGGCAUCGACAGACUGGAACCAGACUACAUAUCGGCUUCCAGAUCCCAAGAGUGACGAAAAAGCAGACAUGAUUUUACCAAUUGUUCUGCACUAUCUCUGCCCAGUGUAUAUUUCUUUCUUUGGCCUUGGUGCAGUUUCUGCUGCUGUUAUGUCAUCGGCAGAUUCUUCCAUCUUGUCGGCAAGUUCAAUGUUUGCUCGGAACAUCUACCAACUUUCCUUCAGGCAAAAUGCAUCCGACAGAGAAAUCGUUUGGGUGAUGCGGAUCACAGUGCUUGUGUUUGGAGCAUCUGCAACAGCCAUGGCCUUACUGACAAAGACUGUGUAUGGCCUGUGGUACCUCAGCUCUGACCUCGUGUACAUCAUCAUCUUCCCCCAGCUGCUGUGCGUGCUGUUUGUCAAGGGAACCAACACCUAUGGGGCCAUGGCAGGCUAUGUUUCUGGCCUUUUCCUGAGAAUUACUGGAGGGGAGCCAUACCUGUCCCUGCAGCCCCUGAUCUUCUACCCUGGAUACUACCCUGAUAAGAACGGUAUCUAUAACCAGAGAUUCCCGUUUAAAACUCUUGCCAUGGUGACCUCAUUCCUAGCCAACAUUUGCAUCUCUUAUCUAGCCAAAUACCUGUUUGAAAGCGGAAGGUUGCCACCCAAAUUAGAUGUAUUCGAUGCUGUUGUUGCAAGGCACAGUGAAGAAAACAUGGAUAAGACAAUCCUGGUCAGAAAUGAAAAUAUUAAGUUAGAUGAACUUGCACCUGUGAAGCCUCGACAGAGCAUAACUCUGAGCUCCACUUUUACCAACAAAGAGGCCUUGCUUGACAUCGAUUCCAGUCCAGAAGGGUCUGGGACUGAAGAUAAUCUGCAAUGACCCCCAUCUCAGUCAGAUGCUGCUUUCUCAGAGUGCUGUAAUAGGGUAGUCCUGGAAAGAUGGUUUGCAACUUACAAAAAUAUAUUAAAAGUAUAAACAAUGGUCAGAAGGACAAAAAUUCAUAUAAAGUCCAACUAUAAAAAUACAAACCAGUCUAAAAAGAGGCACCUAUGAAAACAACAAUACCUUUUCUCAUCCAUAAUAGAUGUUGAUCCUAGAUAGUUUUGUUAGGUAUAAAACUGAAUGAAGCCCCACUCAGAGAACAGAGGGCCAAACAGAGUAUUUAUCUUUAUUACAAAAAAGAAAGAUAUGAAAGAGCUUAAGACAAAAGUCUUGAUAGAAACAUGGUUUGCUAAUGCAGUGGUGGGUCUAGUUUGAUUUGUGCACUGAAGCUCUGAAGAAUAACUCACCGUCACUCCAAAGAAUGGUGCAAUGAAUUAACCAGCUGAUUCUUCUUUUAUGUUCUGAGCUACAACAUUUGCUGAAUAUAUAAUCUGUUAUUCCUUUAGUCAUGGCAUAUAAUAUUAUGAGCCAAGGCAAAACAAACACACAAGAAAUACUGUAUACUGGCAUCGCUUUCUGUGCAAGGUUAUAGGAAAAUGGAGCCAAUCUUUGUUAAGGAGCACUAGGCUGCUUGUUUAUGUCUCUAACAACUGUAUGCGUAGAGGGUAGUAGCUGGAGCUACUGGAGAAAAAUCAUUGGGCAACCUUCAAGCAAUAAAUAAGGCAGAAAUAAAUAAUUUUGUUAUUUAUUCACUAUUUAUUAUUUAUUAAAUAAUAAAUAAUUAGAAGUAGGAGAAACAGUGAAAUUUUAUUUUCAUCUGAAGUAUUUAAAGUUUUGCCUCAUGUUAAAAAAAGUAAUAUCUCUGUUUUUAAAUUAGUAUUAUAAAUGAUAUUGAGCCUUUAAUGUGAGACAAAAGGAUAAAUUAGCAUGUAUUUCAUUGAAUAUUUAUUACCAGGGAUGCUUCCAUGUCACCCCCUGACAGUAAUAAAAUUUAAAAACAAAAAUAAAAAAACUCAUGUUUGGAGAUAUAUUAACGAGGAUGAUUUACCAUGAAGGGAUCUACUCUGUGGCACUUUUUCACUUAUGCUAGCUUUAGGGACUGGACAAAUUACCAUUAUGAAAAGUAUAUAGUGAAUUUUAAAAUAUGGAAGAAAGCAGAAAGUAAAAAUAAGUUCUAAAGGAAAGAAGCCAUCAAUUGUAGCAUCUGAUGUCUACAUAACUUCUAUUUUAUUGGUCAGUAAAUAUUAUUUUGCUCUUUUUCUGGAGUUAAAAAAUAUAUUUGUAUAUGUAACGGUUUGUAUUUAAUACAGAAUUUCAAAUGCUCUCCCACCAGUCACACAUCAUAGAGACAAUAGGAGCUGUGUCUACAAAAUCAAAGUGUAUGGACAAGCUGAAGAUCAUUUGGGAAUUUAAUCCCAAUAAAGAAAGCCAAUUUGAACUGUCAAAGCUAAAGUGAUUUUUCCAGAAUUUUUUUUAUAUUCUAACUCAAUUUUUCAAAAUUAAGUAUAAAAAAAGUUUUGACUUUUUCAUAAGUUUUAAUUGCUGUCUCAAAGCAUCAAAUAUUUCCUCCAUGAAAUUGUUUUUAAAAACUAUCCACAAAUUAAAAUUCCAGGGUAGUUUUUAAAAGAUGAAAUUAAAUAAUUUUGCAUGUUUUAAUGUCUUCUGUGUUGCAUACUUCAUCAAAACAUGACAGUGAAUGUUUCAUUUCAUUCAAAAUCUUUACCUUAUGUCAUAUACACCUAAAUAAAAAAAUAAUUCUGUUUAGUCACCUGGUUUGCCCAGAAUCUAUUCAGUGCCUUGUGGAGUACUUGGAAAGAGUUUAUUUUUGGAAGCAGUAAGGAUGAGAGUCUCAGAUUCUCAGAGAUGGGUUGAGGAAAGAGUCAAGUACAGAAAAUUUAUUAAAGAAAGACCACAGAGAUCAAAACCUUUGACAAGUGAAAGUAACUAAAUUAAUAGAGACUGAGGUUCCCAGGAAACAGGAUGUUCCAGGUGCACCCUGCCAUCCAGCACUCUUCCUGAAUGAGGACUUCCCUCUGUUCCAUCAGCAUAAGCUUUUGUCUCAACCUAUUGAAGCACUGUGCAUUAUGAAACACAUCACUCGUACUACAAUAGACUACAAGAGGAAGGAUCAUUUUUUUACGAUAUUAUAUUUUACGAUUGUGGUGAGCAACAAUUGUCCAAAGAAACCACCCUUAAAUCCAGUGAAAAAGAAUAAGUAUUAAUAGUAAACAUUUCUUCCAUUCCAUUCAUUUUCUAACAAGAGAUACAGGAAAAAAAGUUUGCCCUGUCCAAAAUAUUACAAUUAGACAACAUAAAUAAUUCUACCUACUUUCAAAUGAAAUAUAUUAAAAAUAAGUUUAUUAUUAAAUACACAAGUAAAUGUGCUAUUAGCAAGAUGAUUUAAAAAAAAUUCAGAUCAAAAGGAGUGAAACAAUGAUCACAAGAUUUUAUUUAUGGAAAUUUACAUCUGUGUGUAAAUUUCUCCCCAAUUUCCAAGGAAGACAUCCAGCUGUGAAAUGGAGAAGAGGAUGCUUUAUGUCCAUCACCAGCUCUUUUUGACAUCGUGAGUAAUGCAGCCGACUUUGUAGCCAGCUUCACCCAGUCAAACUGAUUUCCCAAACCUAUCCUCAGUUAAAAUAAAACAACAGAAACAUAGACACUGGCUAUAUUAAUCAUGGGAGGAAAUAUCUGUGGAUAAAGCAUUAAAAUAAAACAUUUUAUUUUCAUACUUUUAAUAUCAUUGUAACAUGUUUCUUGGGUAAUUUAAAUGUUUUUGUUCUCAUAGACUAUUCAAAACAUCAGGCAUGCAUCUGGACUGCAACACCAAGCUUUCAAACACUCAGUGUCAAAAUCCGACUUCAUUGCUACACUUAUUAGUGAUGAAUUUUAUGUGAAUAUUUAAUGAAUGUAAGUUUGAAAUAGUGACGCUAAUAUAAAAGUUAUUGGCUUUUUUAUUUGGAAAUGAUUAAUUACCAUUAUAUUUUAAACAUAAAUUAUGAAUUUCAUUUUUUAGCCUUCAUGAAAGUUUACUCUGGUAUAAUGUAUAACAUUGUGAGUUUGCUAUAGUGGAUAAUUUAUUGUCAGUUUGUUACUGAACAGACAGACACAUAUAGUGGUUCUAAAACAUAUAUUUUUGUCUGUCAAAAUAUUAUAUAAAAUUAUGCUUAAAAGAAGUAGAUUUGCAACUAUAUGUGUAAAUGUUUUAAAUGUAAUGGUAUUGUAUUAAAUUGUGCUGGUGCAAUUUAGGAUAUCAUUGUCUAGGUCUGGCUUUUGGGGGCCCUUCCUUAAAAUAAAUAUAUAUGGU